AGCUAUGAAAUGCCAUUACGAAGUGCUCGAAGUUGAACGCGACGCUGAUGACGAUAAAAUCAAAAAGAACUACAGAAAACUAGCGCUCAAAUGGCAUCCCGACAAAAAUCCGGAUCGCAUCGAAGAGUGUACUCAGCAAUUUAGGCUUCUUCAAGCUGCGUACGACGUUUUGAGUGAUCCACGAGAACGCGAAUUUUACGAUAGACAUAGAGAAAGUAUUCUGAAGGGAAAAAAUACGGAUUUCGAGGAACAAUCCACGGAUUUGUUCCCCUAUUUCACCGCUUCUUGCUAUCAAGGAUAUGAAAACGAUAAAAAUGGCUUCUUCACUGUCUACCGGAAAGUCUUCAAUAUCCUAGUUUCUGAGGAAUAUGAUGCGUACAACGAUUCAACAAUAGUCUAUCCAGAGUUUGGCGACAAGGAUACCGAUUUGGAGCAAACUGUGAAUGGUUUCUACGGUUUUUGGAGCUCUUUUUCGACAACUCGCUCUUUUGCCUGGCUGGAUCAUUAUGAUAUCACACAGGCUUCAAAUCGAUUCGAAUCACGGCAAAUCGAUCAGGAAAAUAAGAAGUUUAGGGAUGUCGGAAAGCAGGAAAGGAACGAGCAAAUUAGGAAUCUGGUCGCUUUUGUUCGAAAACGUGAUCCACGUGUCAAAGCAUAUAGGGAAAUUUUGGAGCAAAAAAAAUUGGAAGCACAUAAGAAACAAGCUGAUAAUCGAAAAAAGCAGAUCGCCAAAAAUCAAGAGCUAGCCAACUCAUAUCUGAACGACAAAGAAGCCGAGGCAGCCCGUCUUGCUCAUUUGAUUGAAGUUAGUCUACAAAUGGCCGAGGAUUACGAUACUUGUAGUGAUGAAUGUGAUGAAGAAGGAGAAGAACUUCCAUAUUGUGUUGUUUGUAGCAAAUCGUUCAAAACUGUAAACGCCAAGUUGAAUCAUGAGAACUCGAAGCAACACAUCCGUCAGCUGAAUGAGCUGAAAAAGCAUAUGAAAGAAGAAGAUUCCACGAUUUUCACCGAAGCAGAACCGAAACCCGACGAAACACCGAAAGGAAAGAAGAAUAAGAGAAAGGAUAGGAAAAAGGGGAAUGGAAUAUUUGAUGUGGAAGAAACAGAAGCAGUAGAAGCCGAGAUUCAGGAAGCGCCGCCCGUGGAAAAUGAGCAGCCGGAGGAAGAGGAAAAGGAAUGUACCCCGGAAGUUGUUAAGAAAGAGAAAAAGAAGAGAAGAGCUGAUAAAAAUCAAAACCCAUCGGCGACAGUAGAGGAAGAAGCACCGAAGUCAACUGAACCAAAAUCUGCAAUUUGUGAUAAAUGCCGUGAGGUAUUCGAUAGCCGGACCAGGUUAUUUGCUCAUUUACAAGAAACCGGACACGCCACGUUGCUCAUCAACAAACCAGGAGAAAAAGGACAGAAGAAGGCGAAAAAUAAGAAGGGACAACGUGGAAAUAAGGGGGAUGAUGAGGAUUGGUGAAACAUUUUUUUUUUGGUAUUUAUUCUUGUUCUAAUUGUUUUGUUUGUGAAAGUUUAAUAAAUAUUUUUCAAAAUU